UAAAGAAAAUUUCAAAUCACAACUGAAUUAGCUCUAUUAAACAUAAUAUGUUCGUUUUUGUACUCAUGCGUAUCGAGACAAAACGUGCAUUAAACAACAAUACAUGUACAUCUUUGGAUAUUUAACACUAUUACACUAACAGUAUUGUAUUUUAUUAUUGUCAUCAAAGGAUACUGUUUACGUUCGAAUCGAUUUUUAAGCAAACUUCUAGUACAAUUGAUAGCAGAACUACAUGGGGAUGAUGACGCGGAUACAUUUUAAAGUACAGUCACUACAUUAAAAUGUCAAGCAUUUAAUUUAGUUUAACAGUACCAGUUUUAAUAAUAAUUUGGAUGGCAGAUGCUAGCAAAGAGUGUGUUAUGCAUGAAGUAAGGAAAUACUGGCAAGACGGAAAGAAUCUAGGACAAUGCAUGUUGGAAAUGUUUCAACAGGGUCUCUGGACAGACGUCGUAUUUAAAUGUAUGGAUCAUGACAAAGGGGAGGAAGUGAUUAAAGCACACAAAAAUGUGCUUGCAUCUAGAAGUUCCGUAUUUCAGGCGAUGUUCUUUGGUCCCUGUGCUGACACAACAGAUGUAGUAGAGCUUAAAGAUAGAGAGAAAGAAAUUCUACAUUUAUUCCUUGUGUACAUAUACAGUGACUCGAUUACGUUAACAGAAGGUACUGCUUUUGCAGUUUUGGAAAUGGCUCAUUAUUACCAGGUGACAAAUCUUGUUAUGUUAUGUUCAGAGUUUUUAAAAACUGUAUUAACAGCAAGUAAUGUAUGUGAAACUCUGACGUUAGCAAGGUUUUACAACCUGUAUGGCCUGAGAGACGCAUGUUGUUCCUUUAUUGAUAGUCACGCACAAGACGUUAUACAAACGGAAAGUUUCAUGAACAUAUCUGAAGAUUGUCUUUUAUAUAUUCUUAAAGGGGAUACACUUUAUGUUGAGGAAGAAUACAUUUUAGAAGCAGUGGAAAGUUGGGCACGCAGAAAAUUGGGAGAGAAAGAUGUGGCAGUGAGCGGUACAGAUAUACGUAAACGUAUCGGAGAAUCGUUUUACUUUUUGAGACUGCCCACAAUGUCUUCUCAAACGUUGCGCGAGUCAGUAAGCAGAAAGGGAUAUUUUUCUGUUGAAGAAUAUGCAGAUAUUGCGGCAUUUAUUAACAAAGCCGAAAAUAUAUCCGUUACUACUAACUCAUGCAUAGCAAGAGUACCAGAACUUGAAACAGUGAAUGUAAAUAACCAAGAUGGAGAAACAAGAUACUUCAAAAAUCUUCAUAUUUCUUUCGAAAUUACUAUGCUUAAAAGUGCCUUCUUGUCUCGUCUUGAUCUUGGUGAAAUCAAUCCGUAUUUGGUCAACACGCAAGAUAUCUAUACUGAUGAAGGGAACACAAGUAAUUUUGCUGGGGAAGUCCGUCACGGCAAUUCCUUUAAGGAUGCGACAAUUGAUUUCGAUUCUUUCUUUCGGAAGAAAGUCUUAAGAAUUUCAACCCUCGAUCGUCCGAGACAUCGGAAUUACUACGUUACCGAUAUGUAUAAAUUUGUCGGUUCGAAUUACCGAUGAAUUUAUGUUUUUUCCUUUCGGGAAGUAUCAGUGUCAAUGACAUUGGCGUUGGAGAGGAAUUCAAAGUGCAGCAAUUUAAUGCAACAGAUACUGAAGUAAAUCUAACAAAACCUUUAUUUUUAGAGAAAAGGAGCGCUCCGUAUAUUGUUAAUAUCAGCAUCAGAUACAGCUGUAGCAAUGAAUUAGAACUUAAAGCCACAUGCAGUGCAAACAAGGAACUUGUUACUAGUGGCACAGGAAUGAUUCACAUUCAAUGUGUAUCUACAUAUGAUUCAGGAAUCAAAGGUAUCGGGUUUAAACACGUCUCCAGCCGUGAUAAAUCGAAUCUUCAACCCGUACCUGAAACGGAUGAAGAGAAUGUAAUAUAGAUGAUACAUGUAAAAAAGCAAUGAGCAAAAAAAGCCCUCGAAUAAAAUCAUAAAUUAUAUCAAUGAGGAGUUUGUACAAAGAAUUACUUUAUAUUUUUUUGUUUGAUAUGUACUUGAUAUAAAUGUUUACAAAAUUAAAUGUAUGUACUUUUAUGA